AUGGCAACAACUCGCUCACUCGGCCUCCACGAAGCCGCGGCCGUCUCUUACCUGAUUACUGAAGGAAUUCUUCCGCCUGAUCCACCCGAGAAUCAGUACAAGUGGAAAACAUGCGUGGAUGAGAACGGUUUGACAGGUCCAGUGGACGACGAGCUAGUAUGGACGAAGCAUUGCGUGGUCUGGUCUCGCGCAGGGAUGGUGAGGCGAGUCUUUCGACUUGAUCCAGAGAAAGAAGAGAUUCGAUUUGCUCUAUUCACUCAGUUUGCAGCUGGGCAGGUCAAGCGUUCUGGUCAUGAAACUACGGGAGAUGCACCUUCGAAUCGAUCUGGCAUGGCUGGAGCUGUACCCAAUUCGCGAACAAAAGAAAGAAAGCGAUACGGGAAGGAUUCGACAAUACCCAACUUGGCCUCUACAUUGGAUCUGCAUGGAGAUUCAAAGACCGCAGUGGUUGCUCAGCAAGUCCAUGAGAAGCUCUCUCGGGCCUUGGUUGUGGUCCUCAAAUCCCAGGCGCACAUCUUUUUCGUUGCAGGGAACAGCCAUACAAUCCCUCUUCCUUUUGAAGUGGACUCUGUCUUUGCAACCCCUCGUGGACUUGUAUUUCAGAGAAAGGUUCCCGACGACAAGACGGAACCCCAAAUACAAAAUGCACCCCCGAACUCUUUUAUGACCAGCUCCUUCUUCGACCCCGGCGCCUCAUUAAAUAUACCACCAGCUCCAAGCAAGGGAAACCGAAAGUCUCUGAAGCUGUCUUCUUUGCAGACCUCGGCGUGGGCCCCGAAUUCCAAUCCUAACUCAGACCUUCCUCGGGUCUUCUCACUUAUUGACCCUCACUCAGAAAUGGGACUAGUCGUGACAUCGCAACCAUCUCAAAUAUUCCAGAGCAGUGUGGGAAGCUCUGCCAAACGAAGGCCAUCGGGGCUAGAGGGACUGGACCCGGCCGAUGAGAUUGUAUACAUUUCUCCCAGAGAUGAGCUCUCAAACUCAGGGCGAGCCCAGACAGACCGUCCUCUGAUUCUUGUCGUGACUAUGAACACAGGAACCGGACUGUAUACGGUCUGGACUGCGCGUUACAGAGACGAUGAUAGCGAAGGCUCCACCAAGGAGAAGAACCGUCGUCACACUGAAGGGAGUCGGUCCAAGCGACGGAGCUCACACUUUGGAUUGGCGACUGGUGCGACUACUCCAGCCGCCCGGCCUUCAGUAGCGCGCGAAAGCUUCGGGCCAUGGACAGAGAACCGGAAUACAUCGCAGCAGCUUGAGAAUAGAAAUGACAGCGAGGAUGAUCUAGCAUCAAGAGUUGCACAAGAUUUUGGCGAUGUCGGGGUGCCUCUCAAAACAUCAAGACGAGUUAGCUCGCUACUUGCGCGAACCGAUCUUGCCACAAGUCAAGACCGGAUUGCGUUCUCAGAUCUUGCCACUGGCAGCCAAUCAAGCACUGUGCCUCAUGGUGGGUUUCGGCAAUCUAUCGGGGCUACCAGCACCCGGGGGAGCUUUGGUUUCAAUCCCCGUAGCUCUCUACCUCCUGCAACAGGGUCUGUGUAUAGUACGGCAGGCAGCUUCGUGGACGCGCCAGUCGACAGAUUACUCGAGGAACUAAACAGCGAUGUUCUUUCCGAAGGAUUUGAGAACAUCGCCCUUCGCGAAUCAGCAUCAGGUCUACCGGAGGAACUGCUGCUCUCCAAAGUUGAGAGCUUCUCUGCUAGGUUUUCGGGAAACUUCCGUGGUUCUACUCAGCAAGCAAAAUCCAGUCAGUUGCAAAUAUGCACUCUAUCCUCUUCCGCCUAUGGAAGUGCGCUCAACGGAAACGCAAGCUUUGUGGCGGUCUGUAUCGUGGACCAGGAAUCUCAAAACAUGACUAUCAUGAACUUGAGAGCGGAACGAGUGGCAGUAUCAAAAAGCCGAGCGGCUAAAAAGACUAAAAGACCAGAUAUGCGCCCAUUGUUAGUUCAUGCAACAGGUGUUCAGCAUGUACCAAACGUAUGGGAUGCAUGUAAAGUCACCGACGGUGAUAUUUCCCGUAUUCUUACUUUGAGCGUCCUGGAGAAUGGACAACGUGAGUUGUCGCUGCAAACUCUCUGGGGGAGUCCAGCGAAGGUUGCAAUUCCCAACCCAUUACAGUUAUAUGAGCCCCAUGGAGUUUCAGCCAACAAGUUCGUGAGUCGUUCGAGAGAAAGCGGCGUCAACCGCGUUAUGGCAGAUCCAGAUCUCGUGUUUCACGCUUUCGAUCAUAGCUGCUCGAAAGGAAAAGUCGAUUUAGUGGAUUCCGAGAGGCAGCGUCAUCGACUGCAGAUCCACAUGGAGCCUCGCAAUGAUCUCGUCAAGAAAGUUCUCCAAAUCUGCAAAUUUGUUCUGCGCGAUACUGAGAAAGCCGGAGAUGGUAUCCUAGUGGGUUGGUGGGAGACUAUGAAAUGGCUUCAAGGCAAAGAAGAAAUUGAGAAUGAGAUUGAGUGGACUGCUAUGGUCAUCGUCUUGUUUUCUCUGGCGAUCCCAUUCAUCAAGCAACCUCAAACAGCCCAAACACCAGCCAAGCGAACUCGUCGGAAAAAAGGUCUUCUCCGGUCAAGCAGUGGUAGCUAUAUCGAUUUGGAUAGCUGGGAAGCCAUGCUCGAUUUGGAAUCCGGAUCAUCUGGAGUUGCGGCACCAUGGAUGACAGGAAGUGCAUGGGGGUGGAUCGUUGAACAAGAUGCGAUUGCAGAUCUUGCAGCUCGCGGAGUAACUCGGACUCCGAAGACUGACCAGCCUAAUUCAAGCCGAACAACAUAUCGCUGCAAUCCAUACAUUCUCCGCUGUGUGUCUCUAAGUCGUGAAUUCCUCCAGAGCUCCCAAGGCGUUCGGGCUUCUGGUCGUGAUGGCUACCUGCCGAUUUCUGGUGCAUUUGCUGAGAAUACAAGAUGCACGGCACUAGGCACUAUCCUUGUUGGUCUUCACUUGUUGCGAGAGGAACAGAAGCUUUCCACUUCAGACAGUGAAGAAUCACGAUGUCCCCUUGGACUUCUCACCCCUGUCCUCGCGCAGCUUGGUGGCUGGUUAGGUUGGCAAUCCUGGGACUGGAAGCAAAGCGCUUAUUUUGGCACUGAGAUGGCGAGUAUUGAACGUUGGCAGUUUGAAGAAACUCGCAUUACUCUCCUCAAUGUCCCCGGUGAACCUUUCUCGCCCCCGUCGAUCUUUGCUUUCAUCAUGAAUGCUGCACGCCAGGCACCGUCGCCAUUCCUCACACUCCUCGAUAUUGUCAGCGCGCCAGAUGCAGCUCCUAGAAAGGGCCAUAUGUGGCAAGAGUGCUUCAGCAUAACUCCGAGAACGUUGGCUUUAAAUGGUUUCCUUGCCGACGUGCACCGUGUCUCGGCGCCGCUUGAAAAAAUGAAGCUCCUCCAUCGCUGGGGCCUCACAAAAAGUAUCAUUGACACAUUCCCUGAAGGUGUCAGCGCCCCGCUCUAUGAGACAGUGAUGCAAUGCCAAAUUGAAGCAUCAACGAGCUGGGAUGCAAUCCUCCUAGAACUGAUCGAUCGAGAGGAUCUUUACCUGUCAAUUAAUCCUACUCAAGCUCAUUUAUUUGCAACACCGCAGCCGCCCGUGGUCUCCCAUGAUGCCAUACGUGAUUUCCGUAAUAUCAGCAGCUCUGCUUUGGAGAUUGAUGCCAUUAAUGCCUUCGAAGCCUCUGCAGAAGCUGACCGUUUCUCUGUGACCAGACUUGUGUUCCGAGAGGACAAGCGUUUCUUGGAGGCGGCACGUCUCUUAAACCAGUCGAAAGCGCCUGUGGCAGACUGCGUACCCGAGCCUGAUUGGACAGAUUCUGAUCUGUUCGAAGCCCAAAAGGAACUCGUGCAGCUUGUAUCCUUCCGCACAUUGUCUACUCCAGCUGGUCGGGCCAUGCUCUCUUUCAGUGGGCGUCUACCUCUGCUCACUGAGAAAUUACCAAUCCCUUCCUUCUCGCUACAGUGUAUUAUGAAGCCAUCAAAUGUCACUGUGAGCGCGGAUAGAAGCGCGUUCACCGAGGAAAAAGUCUGCUGGGCAUUCUUUCAUAAUGGUGUUUCUACUGGUCUAGCAAUCUCCAAAGCGUCUAAAGGGAUUGAUACAUCAUGGAUCUUAUUCAAUAAGCCUCAAGAGCUCACUAAUCGGCAUGCCGGGUUUCUUCUUGCCCUCGGUCUGAACGGUCACCUCAAGUCUUUGGCCAAGUGGGUAGCUUUCAAGUACCUGACUCCGAAGCAUACCAUGACCUCCAUUGGUCUGUUGCUCGGACUUUCUGCAUCCUACACAGGUACCAUGGACACGCUCAUCACGCGCUUGCUGUCGGUUCAUGUAACCCGGAUGCUGCCACCUGGAGCAGCAGAGCUUAAUUUAUCACCAUUGACCCAGACAGCAGGUAUUAUGGGGAUUGGCCUGCUCUACUGCGGCUCUCAGCACCGGCGAAUGAGUGAAGUUAUGCUCUCUGAAAUUGAGAACGUUGAUCAGGACGAGUCAUCCACCUCGCAUGAAGACUUACGGGAUGAAGGUUACCGUCUAGCAGCCGGUUUUGCUCUGGGCUUCAUCAACUUGGGCAAGGGCAAGGAUUUAAGAGGCAUGCGCGACAUGCAUAUCGUUGAACGCUUGUUGGCAAUCGCCGUGGGUACCAAGAACGUUGGCCUCGCCCAUGUACUUGAUCGUGCGACUGCAGGCGCGACAAUUGCGAUAGCUAUCAUUUUUAUGAAGACCAACGAUGCGGUCCUGGCCCAAAAGAUUGAUAUUCCUGACACUACUGUGCGCUUCGACUACGUUCGCCCGGAUCUUUUCCUUCUUCGCACACUCGCAAGGCAUCUCAUCAUGUGGGAUCGCAUUGAGCCCAAUUUUGACUGGGUUAACGCAAGCUUACCGAAGGUAUACCAGCGACGAGCCCGACUCGCAGGCAUCUGUCAGCUUCGUAGUGAGGACAUGCCAUUUUUCAACAUUAUUGCCGGUCUCUGUUUUGCGCUUGGUCUUCGCUAUGCUGGCUCUGGGCAAACACAAGCCCGGGACCUAUUGCUGUUCUAUCUGGAUCAAUUUAUCCGCAUCUCGCGACUUCCAGCGGCGAAUUACGACGCCAAGCUCACGCGCAACUCCGUUCGAAACUGUCAAGAUGUCGUCUCCCUAUCGGCGGCGGCUGUCAUGGCUGGUACUGGUGACCUCGCUUUGUUCCGACGUUUGCGCUCGCUUCAUGGCAGACUGGAUCCCGACACACCAUAUGGUAGUCAUAUGGCUGCCCAUAUGGCCAUUGGAAUGCUGUUCCUAGGCGGCGGCAGUCAUACCCUCAGCACAUCCGACCUAGCUGUUGCCUCUCUCCUCUGUGCCUUCUAUCCUAUCUUCCCCACCACCGUUUUGGACAACAAGUGUCACCUCCAGGCCUUCCGCCAUCUCUGGGUCCUUGCUGCCGAGCCUCGUUGUCUUGUACCACGAGACCUCGACACGCGACGUCCGAUCUCUAUGCCCAUCACCAUCACCUCCCAAAGCGGCUUGGCGCGCACCAUCAACGCUCCGUGUCUUCUUCCUGAUCCCAGUAGCAUUUCCCGCAUUGAAAUCCGCGGCCCGGACCAUUGGCCCCUCGUUCUGGACUUCAGCCAAGAUGACGCACUCCGUAAUAAGUUCCGCCAAGGCGACCCAUCUGUUUAUCUCCGCCGCAAAGCAACCUACAGCCCUUCCGGUGCCUCGACCUCCAUCUUCGCCUCCACGCUAACAGGUCUCAGUGAAGCGCAAGAUAUUCUUCCUGGCACUGCGGUUGCAGCUGCGAACCCAGCCAAAGGUCUUCCUCCAUCUGCAUGGCCCAAUCGCGCUGCCCUCCUUUCCGGCCCUCUAUCCACAGUGACAACUCCAUCUCAAUCCUCAUGGGACUGGAUAUUCAAUCUCCCUUCUCUUCGUGGCUUAGACAUUCGCGAACGUUCCCUCGUCCUCCCGUCAUCCUUUCCAACCCCAAACCCUCGUAUCAGUACACAACUCCCUACCGCUCCACCGUGGCUUCGCACCUCCGCGGUUGAUGCCCGACUUACUCUGUCCCACACAGUCCGCAAUGUCGUCCAAUCCACGCGCGGCCGAGGUGCCGAUCCUGAUGCAGUACGGGAUCAACUAUGGCAGCUUCGUCUUCUGUUUGACUGGCUCGAUCGCGUACAGUCUGAGGACGACUCUAUUCACGCUUCCAAUCAUGCACAACCGCAACUUCAAGAGUCCGGGCUGUGGCUGAGGAGGGAUUUCGUGGAGGAGGCGCGGUGGCAGAUCUGGGGCGUCCAGGUCGAGGACCAAGGCCAGAAUGCUGAUGUCGGGACUUGA